CGCCCCGUUUGCACCCCUCCAGGGCUGUUCACUAGAGUUAAAGGGACCAGCGAAAGAACCCAACCGCCCUCCUGCUCAGCUGAGCUUUCAUUGGUGCCACCUCUGGUCUCCUCUCCUCUCUCAUCUGCUUCUUCUUCAGAUCGAUCAUAUAAGAGUCUCAGUACCGGACCUUGGGGCACAAAGCCUUGCGUUCAAAACAGACUCCAGGAGCUGCUGUCAAGAUGUUACCUCUUGAACAUAAGCCCGGUCACUGAAUUCGUUGGAGGCCAAUAUUGUGCUGAACACAGUUGGCUCAAAGUUUUGCCAGACUGUGAUGGAAACCACCUGCAGAAAGUCCAAGAUACUUGUGUUCCUAGGUUGCAAUUCUUGAGCUUCUUGCAAUUAGUCUUGCAAGGAGAUUCAGUGGGGGAGGGACUGAGGGAAGGAGGCUUAGGAGAGUUAUGGGAGUUUUGCUUCUGGGUUUCUUGGGCCAACUGAUCAAGCGGCGAGCUUGUCUGCGGUGGAAGCAAGCCGGUCGAGCAUCUUAUCGCUGCAGUUAGCACCUCUCCAUCCUUGUGAAAGCUGGCUGUGGGCACAUGGGGAUGAGCACACAUCUCACACCAUUGUUACAAGGCUUGUGUUCUGAUGGUCUAUGGAAGUAUGCUGUUUUCUGGUCAUUCAAAAGCGAGACGAGCGGGAUCUUGACUUGGGGCGACAGCUAUGUUAAUAAGGCGAUAAAAGACAGCCAAAUGGGAGAUCUUUGUGCUGGCUCCAUUGUUAGUAAGAAUCAGAUAAUAUUGUCCUCUUGCUGCAACAAUGGCCAGUACCAAAUCUAUCCGUUUUGCCGCAUCGAGAGAGCAUUGUUGAGAAUGUCUAGCAAUUCUUACCCUCUUGGAGAAGAGAUUAUUGGUAAAGUAGCGCUUACAGGACAACAUUGCUGGAUUUCUGCUAAUGAGCUUUGUUCAACAUCUUUAUAUAAGCAUCACCAUGACUGGCAUCUUCAAUUUGCAGCAGGAAUCAAGUCAGUUCUGCUUGUACCGGUGAUCCCUCACGGGGUUCUUCAACUGGGCUCUUUAGAUAUGGUUUUCGAAAGUUCAGCACUGGUGGCACUCAUCAAGGAUUUGUUCCAUGAGCUUUACGAUACCUCAAUCUAUCACAACUCUUUAGCCACCGGGUCUGGCUACUCAAAUACUUUGAAGCAACCUAUUGCAGAUCCUCCAGACGUCCAUGACUUUAUUGAUGCGAUCGAGAGUUCUGCUCAGUUCUUGACUGUUGAUCACCUUAAUCUACCACAUCCCUUCACUAUGCCGGAGUUUCCGGUAUCAGAAGAUGUCACCACAGGCGCUUACAGAACAGGUCUAACGGGUCGCCCCAAUGGACCCUGGGAGUACGAAAGUAUCGAUGGCUUUAACCUGACAGAUAUGACACGUGAAUAUCAAGAGCAUACUCAUGGAAGCACUAUUGUUCAAAAUGAUGAUGUCCUGGUUUCAAAUUCUUCAAUUCAUUCAGAGUUCGACCAAGAUCUCGAGGGAGUGUUCAUUCAGAGUGGUAGGUUGAAAAGACAACAAGAACAUACAGGCCAUGCUCUCCUUCAAGUGAAUGGCAACAACAAUGCCGAUCCUUACUUGCAGCUUGAAACCAACAGUUAUGCAGAAUUGUUACCAGAUACUAUAGUCGACCAAAUUUGUCAUAAUGCAAAUGGUGAAUCUCCUGGGCCAACUGAUUCUCCAGAUUCAUGCGAGAUACAAAUUAAGAAAGAAAAUCAUGCCUUAAGGCAGCAUGAAUUGUCAGUUAAUCUUCUCCCAGGUGGUCAAGAACUUUCACCUAUCUCCAUGAAUGAAGGCUUCAUGGGUUCUGCAAUGACUGAUAAAUUGCCUACAGAAAUCAACAAGACCAUAAGUGAGGAAUGCAGAGGUCGUACGGUUGAAGAAUAUACACACAUGAUAAAUUCAGCAGAGAUCAAAAGAAGAUGCAGAAAAAUUGAGCACCAAAGGCAACGACCGAGAGACAGACAGCUGAUCCAAGAUAGGAUGGAGGAGUUGAGGGAGCUCAUUCCAAACGCAUCAAAGUGCAGCAUCGAUGCACUAUUGGACAAAACCAUAAUGUACAUGCUGUUCCUUCAAAGUGUAUCCGAGAGAGCUGAAAAGAUUGAGAAUGCAUUGGAGGAGGAGGAAUCCAGUGAUGAGAGCAAGAAGCAACUUGAGAGGUGCCCUCUGAGAGUUGAAGAGCUUGAUCAGCCUGGUCAUCUGCUCAUCGAGAUGUUGUGCGAGGACUACGAAGUCUUUGUUGAGAUGGCGAAUGUGUUGAAGGGCCUUGAGGUGAGCAUGCUCAAAGGAGUGCUGGAGCGUCGCUCUGAUGACAACCAUUGGGCUCGCUUUGUCAUCGAGGCUUCAUCGCAAGGUUUCAACCAGAUGCAGAUUCUGUGCCCACUGAUGCAUCUCUUGCACCGGAGGAGAUGAAACAAAUCCAUUCCAGUGUUUCAGCAAUCGAAUCGAUCUAGCAUGGCUUGUUAUCAGUAGCAUCACUACGCUCAAAACAAGUUGGCCACCUGAUUGAUUCUUCCUUGGAAUUAAUGUUUGUGGUUUAUUGGAUAACGAACGCUAUGUACAGGAGUUGCCGUAACAAAACUUUUUCUAUUCUAGAAAUGUAAGCAAGCGAGGCUUUGCUCGUUGUGCUGUAAAUAAAACAGUGGUUGUACUUACAUCACAAGACUGGAAUGUAUGAUAUGAUGAAGCUACAUCACAAGACUGUAAAUAAAAUAGUUUGUUCAAUGA